AUGUUCAAAAUCGUAUUCGUAAUCGCGAUACUGUCGCUAGUGAAGUGCGGAACAUCCCAAAUUGCUUUUACCAAUCAGCCUUGCUCGGUUCGUAUUCCCAAAAUCGUGGGUGGCAGUGAGGCAGAACGCAAUGAAAUGCCCUUUAUGGUCAGUCUAAUGCGUCGUGGUGGUCACUUCUGUGGGGGAACAAUAAUAUCCGAACGUUGGAUCCUUACGGCUGGGCACUGCAUCUGCAAUGGGUUGCAGCAGUUCAUGAAACCCGCUCAAAUCCAAGGAGUUGUGGGCUUGCACAGCAUCAAAGAGUAUCUCAACGGAAUUGGCAACGGACCGGAUGCACUGAGGGUGGACUUCAAGAAGAUUGUUCCACAUCCUAAGUACGACUGCAAUGAUGUAAAGCAUGAUAUAGCCCUUCUAGAACUGGUGCAGCCAAUUCGCUUCUCCGCCCACAUCCAGCCCAGCUGCGUAGGGUCUGACGAAGGACACCGAAGCUUGGAGCAGGAAUACGGCACUGUUUCCGGUUGGGGUUGGACGCACGAGAACCAAGCGGAAAACGAUCGGUCCGAUGUACUGCGCAAAGCUACCGUUAAAAUCUGGAACAACGAGGAUUGCGAGAGGUCUUACAGGUCUUUGGGUAAAAGCAACACCAUUGGAGAGACUCAAUUGUGUGCGGGUUAUGAAAACGGUCAAAUUGAUUCGUGUUGGGCGGAUUCCGGCGGUCCGCUGAUGUCCAAGGAGCAUCAUCUGGUUGGCGUUGUAUCCACCGGAAUAGGCUGCGCUCGUCCUGGCUUGCCUGGAAUCUAUACGCGCGUCAGUAAAUACGUUUCUUGGAUGCAAAAGGUGAUAGCGGGCAGGAAGUAG